UCUUUCUCAAUCAAUUAUUAGACAAAACAUGACUCAUUUUUGUUGCUUUGCUUUUGGAAGAGAAUAUCUACGUUGUGUUGUUGUUUUACCCAAAGAACGCUCAUUCAACUCUUUCUUUUUCUCCUUUCUUUUCGUUUCUUCCAUUUUUUUUUUGCCCUCUUUGGUUGCAGAAUCAUAUAGAUGAGAAAGACUUGAUGGCGUCAACAGGUAGGAUUAUGGAGAAACCAAGCCAAGAACAACAACCACAACAACUGCAGCAGCAGCAGCAGCAGCAGCAGCAGCAGCAGCAACAAGCCCUAAAGUGUCCUCGCUGUGAUUCAUCAAACACUAAGUUCUGCUACUACAACAACUACAGUUUAUCACAGCCAAGACACUUUUGCAAGGCUUGUAAGCGCUAUUGGACUAGAGGUGGCACUUUAAGGAAUGUUCCUGUGGGUGGUGGAUGCAGGAAGAACAAGCGUGUGAAGAGGCCUGCUUCAGCUAUUGAUGGAGCUUCUCCAACUUCUGGUGCAAUUCCUACUCCUCCAUCUCAACCCCAACUCGAGGUCUCUUCAACCUCUAGCCACCAUAUCAACCCUUUGUUUUAUGGGUUAGCCAGUAAUCCUUCUGAUAUAAAUCUUCCAUUUCCUCGUUUUAAUUCAAAAGUUUUAGGUGUCCAAACUAUCACAGGCUACGAUCUCCAGCCUCAAUUUAAUGCUUUUGGAUUAGGGUUUUCUUCUGGGUCUGGGGAUACUGGGUCGGGGGAUACUGACAAUCGAAAUGGUUUUAACGCUAACCCGACGAAACAACUCCAGGAUGUGGUCACUACAAAUCCACUCCUUUCAAGCUAUUCUAAUAUCUUUGGAUCCUCAUCUUCUAGCACCACCACUACACCAACCAUUGCUUCUUUGUUAGCUUCUACUCUUCACCAACACAGAUUCAUGAAUGGUGGUUUUAAAAAUACUCAAGCGCCUAACCAUUUCCAAGCCUUAGCACCUUUUCAAGAUCUUCGAAUCACAGGUAAUAUGGAAAAUGGGCUAACGAUGAAAGAAGUCAAAGUUGAAGAACCGCAAAGCAGAAUGGAAUUGGAUCUGCCAUGCCAGAAUCAGCUCGAGCAAAUCGGUUUAUCUGAUCCUGCGGUUUAUUGGAAUGCAACAAGUGUCGGUGCCUGGCAUGAUCCAGCAAACAUUGGGUCCUCAGUCACUUCUCUGAUCUAGCAAAACUAGACUUCUUAUUCUUCCAACUGUCUCCCUCUAUCUUGGGUCUUUUUUUGUUCUAGCUACUUACUUUCGUUUGAUUACCACUGUCAUUAGUGGAUUCUAUAGUCAUAGUGGGGGUGGGAAAAGAUCUCUAAUAAAUGAAAGUUGAGUAUUGAAGCAUGCAUGGGAGAAGAUUGGAUCGGAGCGAUCAUGUCAGCUGCAAGAAUUCAGCCUAUAGUUUUAUUAUCAAAGGUUGGGAAUCCCUAUUUGCGCUGAGAGGAACCUCGGAUCCUCUUCAUCUCAUCACUGAAGGUAUCAUCUUCUUCAUCAGUCAUCAGUCAUCAGUCAUCACUAUCUGCGCUGUGUUGAAGAUAGAGGCUUAGCUCCUUUUGCUGCAACUUUUUAGUCCAGUAAGUUUGGCUUCUAUUUUGUAUGUAUAUAUUGCUUGACAUGUUCUUUUUUUUUUCCUAAUGUAUUGCUAUUAUUAGGUUGGGAUUUUGGGUUAUAUGUUGCAAUCCACAGUAAAAAAUCAGAUAAGGAACUAUUUUUUUUUCAAUUUUUUAGCUUUUCAUUUUGUGGUUUUGAGGGGUUGGGGAUAAUUAAUGGUAUAGAAGAGAGGGAGAUUUGUACCUGCAAACUGCAAUGUGAGCACUUAUUUGCUAUGAUUGGUCUGCUUUUGAAUUUCUUGUUCUGGGUGCCACUGCUAUGAACUUUGGCUGCCUUUUGAAAUCAAGAAAAAUUUCAUGACAUCUUUAAACCUCAAAGCUGCAGAGCCAAUACUGAUAACCACAAUAUUCAGAAUAGGAUACAUAUAUAUAUGUAUAAUACAAUAUAUACAGGAACUCAGGAAGUAUUUAUUAAGUUGUAUAAGUAAUGUAUGUAUAUAUAUGUAUCAUGUAUGUAUAAAUAUCAGUCUUUGGGACAAUUAAAUGUAAGACCAGAUCGAUUCGUCAAGCGAAACUAGGAAUAGAUUGGCUACUUCUAGUUUAAGAAAUAGGAUUUUAGUACGCUGGCCUGAGUGCAUGCGCUGUUCAUUCCCUGCUGGUUUAGGAGUACAUUCGAGAGAAUAAAGACUGAAAGAGAGAGCUACAGACAUUGAGAAACAGUUGAGUUAUGCCAGGGAUUUUUAGUUGAUAGAGCAAAGGGAGAUUUAGGUCCACUUGGAUUUUAGCAGCUUGGCUGCUUCCAACGAAAACACCAAUUCCCUUGCCACUUUCUCUCUUUGUGUUUCUGUGUUGUUUGGACUGGAUGUGU